CAGGAAAGAGUCUUCUCGUCAAUUGAAUCUUUGCUUGCAAUCCCGCUGGCAGCGGCAUUGCUCGUGCUGUAACAGCUGUCACAGCAGCAGCUGUCACCCAUCCCAUUGUUUUUUAGGGAAAGCUACCAUCUAGAAGACGCGAGCUCGAGCCGCGCUGGUCACCAGAUUCCCGUGUCGCCAUGGACGCGAUGCGGGAGAACCUGGCGUACUUAAUCGACCAGCGGCUGUACGAGUCGGCUGAGAUCCUCGGAAGCUUCCUGAUCUCAGCAGCCGGGCCGGGCAGCGAGGUGUCGGCAAUCUCGAGGGCGGAGAAUCUGGUGCUCUACGCGGACGCGCUCUUUGGAAGACAGGAGUACCGCCGCGCGCUGGUGUGCGGAGGCUGAUAGUGCGCUGGUACCAGAUGCC